CGGCGGCGGCGGGGCGCACGGCCCGCGUGGAGACCAUGGAAAAGCAGCACUUGGUGGACAUCGGGCCCGGAGCCCCGUCAUUCUUCGGAUCGCUGUGGCAGAAUCAGGCUGGCUGGAUCCCUCGCACGGAGGUACAGGUUGUGGAGCUAGCUGCCCAGAGCAACCAUUACUGCCAUGCCCAGAAGGAUCCUGACAGUCAACUUGAUCCCAAGAAGCAGCGGGCCCGGCGUCAGCUCUAUGUGGCCUCUGCCAUCUGUUUGGUGUUCAUGAUCGGGGAAAUAGUUGGUGGGUACCUGGCACACAGCUUGGCCAUCAUGACUGAUGCAGCCCAUCUGCUCACCGACUUCGCCAGCAUGCUCAUCAGCCUCUUCUCCAUCUGGGUGUCCUCCCGGCCAGCCACCAAGACCAUGAACUUCGGCUGGCAGAGAGCUGAGAUCCUAGGAGCCCUGCUGUCUGUGCUGUCCAUCUGGGUGGUGACCGGCGUGUUGGUGUACCUGGCUGUGCAACGCCUGAUCUCUGGGGACUAUGAGAUCGAAGGGAGCACCAUGCUGAUCACGUCAGGCUGUGCUGUGGCUGUGAACAUCUUAAUGGGGUUGACCCUUCAUCAGUCUGGACAUGGGCACAGUCACGGUCAUGGGCCUAGCCACGGUGAAGUGCAUAGCCAAGACGACAGCAACCAACAGCAGGAGAACCCCAAUGUCCGAGCUGCCUUCAUCCAUGUGAUUGGGGACCUUCUGCAGAGCGUGGGUGUCCUGGUGGCAGCCUUUAUUUUAUACUUCAAGCCGGAGUACAAGUAUGUGGACCCCAUCUGUACCUUCCUUUUCUCCAUCCUGGUCCUGGGGACCACCUUAACCAUCUUGAGAGAUGUGAUUCUGGUGCUCAUGGAAGGGACGCCCAAGGGCGUGGAUUUCACGUCAGUGCGCAACCUGCUACUGUCCGUGGACGGGGUGGUGGCCUUGCACAGUCUGCAUAUCUGGGCACUGACAGUGGACCAGCCUGUUCUGUCUGUACACAUCGCUAUUGCUCAGAAUGCAGAUGCCCAGGCUGUGCUGAAGGUGGCCAGCAGCCGCCUCCAGGGCAAGUUCCACUUCCACACCAUGACCAUCCAGGUGGAGAGCUACUCGGAGGACAUGAAGGACUGCCAGGCAUGCCAAGGGCCCUCAGACUGACAGCCUGGCCAGGCACCAACUGAGGCUUAGCCAAGACCUGCAGGUGGCUGGGCUGAUUGUUCAAUAGGCCCAGCCAGCACUCUGCCCAUCCCCCCGUGUCUGAAGCCUGCUCCAGGUUCACAGGGGAGACUGGCCCACUCCCGCAGUGGGACUGCCCUUUGCUUCCCGUCUGCCCACAGCCAGCCCUAGGGGUGGGGACAUGGGACAGAUGUAAAACCCAGUGUGACCCCAUUUCGCCUCUGAGUCAGUCCCUCACAGUGCUGUGUUCCGGCUGGUUCCUCAGCUAAUGUCAUCCUAACACCACAGCCAAAAAGGUACUGAACCAUAGCAUGGGACAAUAAAGUGGACACUGACUUGGAGCCCAUCUGUAUUUCCCACUGAUCCCUCCUGGCUUUGGCCUCAUGAACCUGCAACAGCUCCGAACCGAGCCCGGGCGUCAGUCAUUGUAACAUGAUUUCCAGAGCCCAGUGUGGUGGCGCUUGCCUUUAACGCCAGCCCUCGGGAGGCAGAGGUGAGACGACCCUGUGAGUUUGAGGCCAGUCUGGGACUACAGAGUGAGUUCCAGGUCAGCCUGGUCUAGAGUGAGACUAUCUUGAAAAAGAAGUAACAUGAUUUACGCAGGCUGAGAAGUCUCAGGACCCCUGCACACAUCCGAGGAUCCCCCCUCCCCGCCCCCCGAGCUGUGGAGCCAGCAGCACCUGGAGCUUGUCUUGGUUACUUUGCCGUAGCCACGUGUGACUUUCCUAGAGAGGGAGGCUUUGUCCCGAGGAAGAACCUGGCUGUUUUCCAUCUACUGCUUUUCCCAGCCCCCGGAAGCCUUGCCGCAGGUGUCAGGACAGAUUUCAGUUGGGUCCUGCCCUCUACAGCUCCCGACCUGAUACUGUCCCAAGAGAUGGCAGGGCCAGGUUUGUUGCCUGGCUGGCUUAAACUUGGAAACUAGAGGCGGAGGACAAACCCAGGGCCCGAGAGGAGGGGACGCCCGGCUUCUUGGGGUCUGUGUGCAGAGGACUCACUUAGGGCUGGGAAGACUGAGCUGGAGCCUGCCAGGCACUGAGUGUCCGUUGUGUGGAACUGCCGCUUUGAUCAGCAUCCUGGACUCUGCCAGGGGGCUCUGCAGCCUACGGCUCUGUCAUAGGCCGGCUUCUCAGGUGCCCCGUGCCCCACGUGUCUCACUCUGUCUCGGGUGGGAGGAGCUGGUCACUUGCUUUCUGUAAAUAAAUGGCAAACUUUUAAAUUUU